AUGGGACGUGUUAGGACCAAGACUGUGAAGAAGGCUGCGCGAGUCAUUGUCGAGAAAUACUACGGCAAGCUCACCCUUGAUUUUCAGAUUAACAAGAAGAUCACCGAGGAGGUGGCCACGAUCCCCUCGAAGCGCCUGCGGAACAAGAUCGCCGGCUUCACCACGCAUCUCAUGAAGCGUAUUCAGAAGGGUCCCGUGCGCGGAAUCUCCUUGAAGCUCCAAGAGGAGGAGCGCGAGCGGCGCAUGGAGUUCGUGCCGGACCGCUCCGAGGUGAACACCGACUUCAUCCAGGUCGAUCCCGACACCCGCGAGAUGCUCAAGGAGCUGGAUAUGGAUCGUUUGCCCAACAUCUCGACCUCCAACACUACUCUGACGGGCAUGAGCAUGGGCCGCAAGUGA